AUGCCUGGAUCUAUCGAGGCCGAGCUGGUCUUCUACCAGGCCCCAGAGGACGGGACAGAGCCGUUCAACUACGUCGAAGAGCCUCCAGAGGGAGAACCGGAGCGCAACUACGGACGAGACGUUCGCAGCGUGCCCAUCGCUGAUAUUCGCGGCGAGGAGAGCCAGUACACUCUGGACCAGGACGCGUUCCAGAUCCUCCACGAGGUUCCUUCGGCUACCACGGACGAGACCUUCCGGGACGACGAGGAGAUCCGCCGCGUCUAUUAUCCCGAGGUGGAACGGCUGCUGCUGGAGCAGCUGCCCGGUGCCCACACGGUAGUUAUCUUCGACCAUACCAUCCGCAUCUCGAACCCGCAGGCCGUCCGACAACCCGUCCACCAAGUGCACGCGGACCAGACGCAGCAGUCCGCCGCGCACCGAGUGAAGCGGCAUGCCGAGCACCUCGUCAACAAGGGGCGGUAUCGCAUUGUGAAUGUCUGGCGGCCCAUCAACGGCGUGGUCGAGUCGUCUCCGUUGGGGUUUGCGUCCGCCCGCACCACCGCCGACGACGACUUUGUCGCCAUCCAGCACCGCUACCCGACCUUCAACGGCGAGAUCAUGGGGGUCCGGUAUAACCCGCGCACAGAGUGGAAGUUCUGCUCGCGCAUCGACUCCCACGAACGCAUCCUCCUCAAGUGUUUCGAUACCCUGCCGGGCGUUGCGGCCAGAGUCGCCCAUACUGCGUUUUCCGACCCGCGGACGCGGCCGACAACAAAGCCGAGAGAGAGCAUCGAGGUUCGGGCUUUGGUAUUUGGAUAG